AUGAAAGAAUAUGAUCUGCUGUAGGCUACAGCGGGGGUGGUUGAGGACCAGAACACGCAUCCAUCAAGGCGGGAGCGCGCAUUGUGAAGAGGCGGGGCAGCGGGAAUAUCUCUUUCCGGAUAUUUACCUCCACCUGCCCGCUCGACGCGCCCAGUUCCAAGGUUUUUAACAGCGGUAGUAUCAACGGACAUGACAAAGUUCCCAAAUCCAGGACUACUGAGGUUGUGGAGAGAUGGACUGAGGGUUGUGUGAGUGAGUGACGUGUAAUUCAGAGUGAAAAGACAGAGACGUGACAGUCCCGCGUCCCAUUGUGACAUAGUUACGCUGCUCUGAGACCACUGUCUGCGGGGGGAACACACAGCCAUAACGGGUACCUCCCCAACAUUCCCAACCAAUGCGGCUCUGAGACCAGUCUGCAGGGGGGAACACACAGCCAUAACGGGUACCACCCCAACAUUCCCAACCAACGCGGCUCAACAUACGCGUCCCUCUAUUGAUUUGAAUGUGUUGACAGUUGGAGAAAUAGCUUGAGCCGCAUUGAGAAUUAGAAAAAGGUUGAGUAACCUGCAGUAACAGACAUGCCCAAACCUGAUCUACUGUGUUUGGUUCAACUACUGGACAACACUAUCCAGACCUUUACAGUCAACAAGCAGGAUGCAGGUGAGGUUUUGCUGGAGCAGGUGUGUAACCAGCUGGGUCUGCUGGAGAGACACUUCUUCAGUCUGCAGCUACGAGACUCCAACACCACCAUCGUCACUCAAACACACUCUCCUAGGUGGCUGGAGGCCAACAAACCACUGAAGAAGCAGCUGAAAG